GUGAGGAGUGUAGAAUGGUUUGCAAUCUCUAAAUCUUCUGAACACCAGACCAUGACCAUGCCAGUCUUCCUACGUCAAUCCCAACAACUCUCACCCCACCAUCCCAUCACCUUGCUUCUUAACCCUUCAGGAGUCACCACCACUCCAAAUUAUUUCCUCUAGCCACUUUCUCCCCUCCCAUUAACCAAUUCAAUUAGGACUUUACCCAACCAAAAUCUGAUCUGCUAAUUGAAUAAUUCUGCCAUCCAAGAUAAAGGAAAGCCCAUCAAUCUUUGCCCACAAUCAGACAACAAUUGUUUUGUAAAUUAGAAUCUGGGUUUUGUUUAAUAAUGGGCGGGGCAGGAGGAAACGUCGGGGCAGAGCAGCCGGGGGUGGCGGAGCCGCAGUAUGCCGCGGCGAAGAUAUCGGUUUGGUGGGAUAUAGAGAAUUGUCAUGUGCCUAAAGGAUGCGAACCCCACAUGAUCGCUCAGAAUAUAAGCUCUGCCUUAGUCAAGAUGAAUUAUUGUGGGCCGGUUUCGAUAUCUGCUUAUGGUGAUACUACUAGAAUUGGAUCUUCUAUCCAGCAGGCUCUAAAUAGUACUGGGAUUGCUCUCAAUCACGUCCCUGCAGGGGUUAAAGAUGCAAGUGAUAAGAAGAUACUGGUCGACAUGUUAUUCUGGGCAGUUGACAAUCCUGCACCUGCCAAUUAUUUGUUGAUUUCUGGUGAUCGAGAUUUUUCGAACGCACUUCACCAAUUGCGCAUGCGGAGAUAUAAUAUACUUUUGGCACAACCUCAAAAAGCAUCUGUUCCUCUUCUAGCUGCAGCAAAAAGUGUAUGGCUCUGGACAAGUCUUGUGGCUGGAGGACCUCCACUUACUAGUAGUGAAGCAUCCCAAUUUGUGAAUAACAGCUUUGGGUUUUCUUCCAAUGGUGACAAAUUACAUGUUCCAGUUUCUGAUUCGAUUCAGAUAAAUCAACCCCCAGAUUCAUUUUAUGAUAGUCCCCAUUUGGGAAAUCAGAGGUUCCCAAAUAUGGGAAGGGGAACAGAUAUAAAAAACAAAGGAAGACAAAUUCGGAGAAACUUGACUCAACCAAUUAUGCCAAGAACUUCAAGCACACAAGAUGACCUUGACAAUGGAAACCCGCAAAGAUCAGGAUAUGGGCUUCCUAAACACUUUAAUGAUUUGCAUGAGUUUUCUGCUACUCAGAAUCCCAAGGUUCCAUUUAGUGGACCCUCCCCUAGUUUGAUUAAUCCAGAUCCUUUUCCAAAUAAUAUCAGUAUUCCUCAUAGCUCUCAACAAAUUCACUAUCCUAUUCCAGUUAGGCCGAACAACCUUCCUUCUCAGCUUGCAUUGCCUCCUGGUAACUUUUUACCGCCUAACUCUCAUAUCCAGUAUCCUUCACAUACAAUGCCUCCUGGUCCUCCCCGACCUGAUGCAUUGAGCUUUACCUCGGGACCCUUUACAUCUGUGCCUGAUAUUGGUAAGAUAAACAUUUCUGAAUACCCUAACAACCACAAGCCUUCUACUUGGAAUGGAGGAGAGCUUAGACAAACAUCUAUGACAGAACCUACCAACUAUGCCAAUUCAUACAGGCCUCAGAAAGGGCAAAAUUUGCAGAAGAAACCACCGGCGCCCCAUGAAUUAGUUGGAAAUAGGUAUCCAAGCCCUAGUCAACAGAUUCCACCACCACCUGCCCCAGAAGUUGGUAACACUAGUGUCUCUAUAUCUGAGAGUGGUGUUUGGGGAACUCCAGGAUGUCCUAAACCUUCUGAAUAUAUUCAAGGCCUUAUGGGGGUAGUUUUACUUGCAUUGAACACACUAAAAAAUGAGAAGCUUUUGCCUACUGAAGAGCACAUUUCCAAUUGCAUUCGUUAUGGAGAUCCCAAACAUCGCAACACUGAUGUUAAGAAGGCUCUUGAGUGUGCUGUUGAGCAGCAGCUGGUAGUUAAGCAGACCUUAGGUGCUGUGCAGCUGUAUGUUGGUAAGAAUGAGAGACUAUGGAACUGUAUAAACCUCGGGGAUACUAAUAUAAAGCAAUAUCCAAAAACAACUUGGGAUGAAAUCCAGAAAUUUCUGUCAUCAUCUUCUGGACGAACUGCAAUACUAGCUACUCAGUGCAGGUAUGAAGCAGCUACUGUCAUAAAGAGAACAUGCUUAAAAGAUCUUACAUUGGGAGAAAUUCUGCAGAUCUUAAACAUGGUAAUAUACAUGAAAAGAUGGAUUAUGCAUCAUCAAUCAGGAUGGCAACCGAUUAAGAUUGUUCUUGCAGAGACCUACCCUGAAACAGGGGUGGCCGCUGCUUCAUAAUUUCAUGUUAAACUAGUUAUGGGAGGGGAUAGAGCCUGAGGAUGGUGAUGGAUUUAUGUCUUCAAAAUGGUGGUUUGGAGUUAUAAAUAGGCUCUAUGUGGUCCACCUCCCACCUUCCUAAAGAAUACUUGGAUGUUUUGAGUAGCUGCGUUUAAGUUUAAUUAAAGGAUAGACGACUGGGUCGAUGUUUAGUUCAUAUCUGGACAUGGUUUGCGUGUUUCUGUAGAUUUUGGGACAAUGGUAGCUCUGGUUGGCCAGAGUUUAACGAAUUCACGCAGGAUGUAAAUUUGGGAAAAUUGGAAACCAGUUGUGAGCUGGGCUGGUGUCGGUGCCAGGUCCUGAUUAUGACACUUCAGUGGAUACUGUCAAGUUGUUUUUCGGAUGCUUCUUUGUUGUAUACGUUCUUUGCGGGGAUGUUUCUCAUCAACUCAUGCUCUAUUACAAAUGUACUGAAUUUUGAAGGAAGUUGCUAGAUGGGAAAGUUGUAGGAGCUCUUUGGAAAGAGAUUCUUUUGGAAAGUCAUCUGUACUUGGAACGUCUGGAAAUUACUGUUGUACAAGGCAUAAAGGCUUUUGGUUCAUUCGUCCCGGAUAAGAUAAUUAUGUCGUGGAAACUGAUAAUGAUAGGUAUGCUUGCUGAUAGUUUACGUGAAAUUAAUUAAGAGCUACAAGCUUGCGAUGUGGCCUUUUACAUCAUGCACUGGAGCUUAAGGUAAAAGGGACUUGAAUGAAGACGGUUUAGAUAAUACUUACUUUUUUGGGAAGAAUUAGAAGGUACAAUGAAGUAAGGGGACACUUUUGAGCAGCCAAAAGGAUGAGCCAGUUAUCACCUGAACUCCUAAACCUGGGAGUUAAAUUAAAGGUAAAAAAUCUACAUACAACAGAAUUUACAGAACGAAUGACAGGCAGCUGACAGCAGAUUGUUCAAGGCAUAUGCAAUUUGCAGAGUAUGAAAGAUACGGCAACUGGAUUGGAUCAAUGAAAAUUGUGGUAUGCUGGUUAUAUCUUGUAUGUAUAGUAUAAUUGAGCUAUAUUGAAGCAUGUUUAAAGCAGGUCCAACAUUGUUAUUAUGUUGAUCCUUCUUCUAGAUGCAUGUGUACACUCAAGUGGGAAAAAAUUGUGCGAGCUUCUGAUGGCAACCUGCUUCACUUGUAUCUAUUGUAAUGACAUAAAUCAUGACAUAGUUGUCAAUGACUAGCUCUUGUGAUGUCUGUGAGAAGGUUUAAUGUUUUUGAAUCUUCAGACUAGAAUUAUUAUUAUUAUUAUUAUUACUAUUAUUUUUGGCUGCCUCUGUGGAGUAGUUGGGAAUUUUCGUGAUUGUUGUACGUGGAAUUUCCACGUAUCAUGUUCACUUUUCUUGUGAAAGGGCAAAAUCUGAACCGUGUAGUUUGUCUGCAUUGAGGUUAAGGCUUGCUCUUUGGGACGGAUAAAUGCAUCUAGUUUGGUUUAGAUUCUGGAUUAAUGACUUAAACAGAAGUAGACCGGUGGACAUGGUCCUGUGCUAAUCAUUCUUCUCCUAGUCUCUGGGUUUUCAUGCUGUGUAAUUUGUAUCUUCAGGCUUCAGCUGGGAUUUUGGAUCAUUCUUGCCUAGUCUUUGUGGUGGUGUACUUUGUUUCUUUAGCUGGGAUUAUGAUGACAACAUAACCUCGUAAUGUGAGCUCUUUUAUGCAGGCGGGCACUUGUUUGCUGUAAUUGCUAUUGGAUUCUUCAGUCAUGCACAUGCACUUAGGUAUCCAAAACAUGAUCUUGUGUAGUAACAUGGGCCAUGCGGUAGAUUAAGUCUUUCUGCGUGAUUGCGUACAUUUACUAAGGUAAAAGCUUAAAGGCCAGUUUAAGAAAUCGCAGCAGUUUUCUCUGGCAAAUUGCCAUAUGCUAGGUCUUAGGUUCACAACAUUCAAAAUUAUUUUUUUCUCCAGUUUCUGCUAAUUUCUUGCAGCUAACGAGAACCGUCCUAGUUAUUCUUUUCUUGGUUUCGUCUCCAAAACCACACGGGGCCAUGCUUUUUCUUUCCCCAACCUGAUGAUGCUCUUUUCUGUGCGUCCAAUUCGAAGGAAGGAAGGAAGGAAGAUUCAUGCGACAGCCAACGGUCAUUGUCUGUGGUUGUUGGACGUGUUGCACGUUUGACGCAAGGAGGAGGGAAAAAAGCAGUGAAGGAGGCAGGCAUACAUGGUACAGGACUAAUGACUUGUCCACUGACUUUGGGCAUUGACGCUCAAGUCUCACCCAUUGGAGUCAAGAAAGCAGCAUGAGUUGCUUGGUCCAUCAAAUUGCCCGGUGGGGUGGAAAGUGGAAAGUGGGAGUUGUGUGAGUCCUACUACUUAAUAGUGCAUAAUCAUUUUGUGCUUUGUAUGGCUAUAUUCCAUUACCUAGUUGCACAAAUUGAGAUGGUAUGCAAGCCAAGCCAACUGGUGUGUCACUUAAAUGAUACCAGGUUUGGUUAUUGAAUAAAAUUUUCAUAUUGGGUUUUGAA